AUGACGGUCGCCGGCGAGACCACUCAGACAUCCAACACCUCCCUCUCCCACAAGCUCACUUCCACAACCCCAUUCCUCAGCCUCAAACUCUACGCUGUCAUUGCCAUCCUCGUCCUCUGCCUCCUCGCCGCCGCCCUCCUCAUCUUCCUCUGUGUCUGUACGACCCGAGCCUCGCGAAAGCGCAAGAUGCGCGUCAAGCACAGCUCCGGCUCAAUCCCGCUUGUUUCCAAAGAGAUCGCCGAGAUUAAAUCUCCUAGCCCGCGCGCCGUCCUCGACAUUGGCGAGGGCAAAAUCGGAAAUGAAAAUGUGAAGGAGGUGGAGGAAGAGAUGGAGAUUGUGGAUAUCGAAAGAGGGAAAGGGAAGCGGAGCGCGUUGGAGAGUGACGGGUCGGGUCCGCAGAACAUCGGGUGGGGCAGGUGGUAUAGCUUGAAAGAGCUGGAGAUUGCGACGCGUGGAUUUUCUCCAGACAACGUGAUUGGAGAAGGAGGAUACGGCGUCGUUUUCAGAGGAAUUUUGCAGGACGGCUCUGUCGUGGCGGUCAAGAACCUUCUCAACAACAAGGGUCAGGCAGAGACAGAGUUUAAGGUGGAAGUGGAAGCCAUUGGUAAAGUAAAGCAUAAGAACUUGGUGGGUCUAAUUGGCUAUUGUGCUGAAGGUGCUCAAAGGAUGCUUGUAUAUGAAUACAUUGACAAUGGCAAUUUGGAGCAAUGGUUGCAUGGUGAUGUUGGGCCUGUCAGCCCUCUGACCUGGGAUAUUCGAAUGAAAAUAGCCGUCGGGACAGCGAAAGGGCUGGCCUACUUGCAUGAAGGGUUAGAACCCAAGGUGGUGCACCGUGAUAUAAAAUCCAGCAACAUUCUUCUGGAUAGAAAAUGGAACCCAAAAGUAUCAGAUUUUGGCCUGGCCAAGCUCUUAGCACCUGAGUCAAGCUACGUGACUACACGUGUCAUGGGGACAUUUGGAUAUGUAUCUCCAGAGUAUGCAAGCACAGGUAUGCUGAACGAGUGGAGUGAUGUAUAUAGCUUUGGAAUUCUACUCAUGGAGAUAAUUACAGGAAGAAGCCCAAUUGACUAUUCCAGACCAGCUGGAGAGAUGAACCUGGUUGAUUGGUUUAAAGGAAUGAUCCAAAGUCGCCGUGGAGAGGAGGUUGUAGAUCCUCUGAUAGAAGUUCAGCCCUCUCCAAGAGCUAUGAAGCGAGCAUUGCUGGUUUGUCUCCGCUGUAUAGAUUUAGAUGUCAACAAGCGACCAAAAAUGGGGCAAAUUGUUCAUAUGCUUGAGGCAGAUGACUUCCCUUAUCGUUCUAUGUGUUAUUUCUUCAACAUCAAGAUCACAUUUAUAUCAUAUUUGUUGGCAACCUACUUGCCAAUCUGCAGGAAACCCGAUCAGCCCGAUAGAAAGAUUGUUUCCCUUCCCGUGCAGCUGCAUCUGAUAAUGUUCAAUAACCAAUCCAAGCAUGCCAUGGAUAGAAAUGAAGCGAGAUAUGGAAGUGGAGAUUAUUAUGUUUUGGCACAGGAGGUAGUUCCUGAGGCCAUUCGACUUCUUAUCAUGAUUCUCCAUUAG